AUGUCUGGUGGUGCGCCGAAAAGUAUUGGAGGCGAGUAUGGCGCCAUUCGCGCCAAUGUUGACAUCCAGGAGCUCAAUACGUACCUGAAAUCACAUGUGCCAAGUGUCGCUGCUCCCGUACAGGUGCAGCAGUUCAAGUUUGGACAGUCCAAUCCCACGUACUUCCUGACCGAUUCAAGGUAUAAACUAGUUCUUCCUCAGCUAGUCCCAUUUGAAUCAAACUUCUCCAGCGCGAAGCGAUUUGUGUUGCGCAAAAAGCCGGCAGGCCAGCUGUUGUCCUCAACUGCUCACCAAAUUGAGCGCGAAUACCGCAUACUGAGUGCAUUACAUCGAUACAACACCAGCCCUACCACAAAGCCAGAGCAGAUAGUCCAUGUUCCCCAACCCUUCGUCCUGUGCGAGGACAAAAGCGUUAUUGGCACUCCUUUCUACAUCAUGGAGUACCUUGAAGGUCGAAUAUUCACGGACACCAGGAUGCUGGAACUGCCACCCCAUGAUCGAAGAGAAUGCUGGAUCUCUGCUAUCCGAUCGCUGGCGGCAUUGGCUGCUCUCGACCCAUUCCAAAUAGGUCUCGACAACUUUGGUCCCACGACUGAUUACUUUCCCCGUCAAAUCAAAUCCCUGACACGUAUAUCGGUUGCUCAAUCCCAGGCUAUAGAUGUCGAGACUGGAAAAGCGACAGGAAAUGUGCCGUACUUCGAAGAAAUGGUCGACUGGUACCAGAACAACCUCCCGGACGAGAGGAAGACUGGACUACGGAUUGUCCAUGGGGACUACAAGCUUGACAAUAUCAUAUUUCACCCAACAGACAACCGGGUAAUCGGUAUACUGGACUGGGAGUUAUGUACUCUAGGUAGUCCACUUGCCGACCUCGCGAACCUUACCCAACCAUGGGCAAUUGACGCUCGUCAUAUACCUAAAGAUUCCCUAAUCACUGAAUUUACGGUCAUUAAGCCGUUCAAGAAUGCGACGAAAGAUGUCCCUAUACCCUUGGAGGACCUUGAGCGCGAGUACUGCCGGCUGACCAACCAGCCAUACCCCAUUAAAGAGAUGGUAUUUGCCCGUAGUUGGAUGCUCUUCCGGCUUGCCAUAAUCUCGCAAGGUAUCGCUGCCAGAUAUGCGCGGCGGCAGGCGAGCUCGGAAAAAGCUUAUAUUCACCCACACUUUUUCCCUGUGGUUGGUCGGUUGGCGAAGUCGAUCUUAGAAGACGACGGAGUCACCAUUGGCGCGAAGCCGAAACUGUAGUAUUAUUCGACAAGUCCAUAUUAUAACCUGUGUACAUAGGGAAGGGUAUUAUGUAUCUACAUAUAUGUAGAAGACGACGGAGUCACUACUGGCAC